AUGGAACUUUUCCUAAACCAUCCAGUAUCUAAUAAAACCAGUAUAAAGAGCAACAACUCUGCAUCUUUCUACUUUGAGUCCUGUAGACCCACUUCCCUAGCCUUGCUCCUAUUACUCAUAGUCUAUACUGUGAUCUUAAUCAUGGACUUUUUUGGAAACCUCUCUCUCAUUAUUAUCAUCUUUAAGAAGCAGAGAGAAGCUCAGAAUGUCACCAACAUACUGUACACCAAUCUCUCCCUCUCUGACAUCUUGGUAUGUGUCAUGUACAUCCCUUUUACUAUCAUCUACACUCUGAUGGAUCACUGGAUAUUUGGGGAUAUCAUGUGCAAACGCACCUCCUAUGCGCAUAGUGUCUCCAUACACAGUGUCUCUGUGUCCAUAUUCUCACUUGUGUUAACUGCUGUUGAAAGAUAUCAGCUGAUUGUGAACCCUCGGGGCUGGAAACGCAGUGUAGCUCACGCCUACUGGGGUAUCACAUUGAUUUGGCUAUUUUCCCUUCUGUUGUCUAUUCCCUUCUUCCUGUCCUACCACCUCACCCAUGAGCCCUUCCAAAACCUCUCUCUUCCCACUGACCUCUACACCCAGCAGGUGGCCUGUGUAGAGAACUGGCCCUCCAAAAUGAACUGGCUCCUCUUUACAACCUCCCUGUUUAUGCUGCAAUAUUGUGUCCCUCUGAGCUUCACCCUCAUCUGCUACCUGAAGAUUGUUAUCUGCCUCUGCAGGAGAAAUGGGAAAGUAGACAAGAAGAGGGAAAGUGAGAGCUGGGUCAGGGAGAACAAGAGGAUCAACACGAUGUUGAUUUCUACUGCGGUAACCUUUGGGGUCUGCUGGCUUCCCUUGAACAUCUUCAAGGUCAUCUUUGACUGGUAUCAUGAGGUCCUGAUGAGCUGCCACCAUGACCUGGUAUUUGUAUUUUGCCACUUGAUUGCUAUGGUUUCUACAUGUAUACAUCCUCUGUUUUAUGGCUUUCUCAACAAAAAUUUCCAGAAGGACCUGGUGUUGCUUAUUCACCACUGCUGGUGCUUUGCACCUCGGGAAAGAUAUCAAAAUAUUGCCAUCUCCAGUACGCACACAGAUGAAUCCAAGGGAUCAUUAAGAUUAGCUCAUACAUCAAGAAGUAUAUAA